CACGCCAUUAAGAACAUGAGACGCAAGAUGGAAGACAAGCACGUCUGCAUUCCAGACUUCAACACGCUCUUCAACCUGGAGGAUCAAGAGGAGCAGGCCUAUUUUGCCGUCUUCGAUGGCCACGGAGGCGUGGACGCGGCCAUCUACGCCUCCAUUCACCUCCACGUGAAUUUGGUGCACCAAGAAGCGUUCCAGCACGACCCGGCUGAAGCCCUCUGCAAGGCCUUCCAGGUGACGGAUGAGCGCUUCGUGCAGAAGGCCGCCAGAGAGAGCUUGCGAUGUGGCACCACAGGCGUUGUGACGUUCAUCCGAGAGAGCAUGUUGUACGUGGCCUGGCUGGGGGACUCUCAAGUGAUGCUGGUGAAAAGGGGCCAAGCGGUGGAGCUGAUGAAGCCUCAUAAACCAGAUCGGGAGGAUGAGAAGAAACGCAUUGAGGCCCUUGGAGGCUGUGUGGUCUGGUUUGGAGCAUGGCGAGUCAACGGAAGUCUUUCUGUCUCCCGAGCCAUUGGUGAUGCAGAGCACAAGCCAUACAUCUGUGGAGACGCAGAUUCUGCCUCCACAGCGCUGGAUGGAUCGGAAGACUACCUCAUCCUAGCCUGCGACGGCUUCUACGACACGAUGAAUCCCGACGAGGCGGUGAAGGUGGUGGCUGACCACUUGAAGGAGAACAACGGGGACAGCAGCAUGGUGGCCCACAAGCUGGUGGCUUCCGCUCGAGACGCCGGCUCUAGCGACAACAUCACCGUCAUCGUGGUCUUCCUCAGGGACAUGAGCGCCUCCGUCAGCGUCGGCGAGGACUCCGAGUGGACCGAGAACUCUUUCGAAGGCGGGCAAGAGGACAGCGGAGACGACAAAGAGAACCAGGGGGAUUGCAAGAGACAGUGGCCUCAGCACCAGGUCUCGGCGCCUGCCGAUCUCGGCUACGACGGCCGAGUGGAUUCCUUCACGGACCGAACUACCUUGAGCGCCGGCUCCUCCAUCAACGUCUUCGAAGAUCCGGGCUGCCUAGACCUGAGGAAAACGGAAGCUGGCAAACUCCACAGUGCCAAACGCCUCUCCCCAGAUCAAGUCUUCAGUGCCGGCGUCCCUAAGAGGGCGAUUUUGAGCCAAGGCGUCUUGGGCGAGGGCAAGAGAAGGGAGGGCGCUACGCCCGAAGGGCACAACCCUCUCCGGGGCUCUGCGAACUUGGGCUGUCCCCGCCCAGGGGAGCGCGACGUGGCGCCGGCGGAGGCCCCGAUCUCCGCCGGGCCUGAAGGCGAGUGGUUCAAGUCCUGGGGAAGACCAGCUUCCAUUUUCUCUCAUUUUCAUUUCUGCGACGUGAAGCGGUGGCAACGGUUAGCCAGACUGAAGCCGAAGCUCCACGGUCUUCUCUUUGAGCAAAGGCCCGUUUUCUGCCCGGAAAGUUUAACCCUCUGCUCACCCAACCUCCUAAAUGGCCGUAGGAACAAGUUCCUAAGAAGUCGUCCUGGGCAAGUGUCCCUUGGCUGCCAUCAAGGUCACGGCGACAGCAUUUUGUUGAUGCUAAGGCCAAGUCCCUGUAUACCAGACCCGUGGCUGCUGUGGAGUUGUAAAAAAUAA